AUGGCAGCAUUAAGGUCGUUCAACUUAGUUGGCUCAACUGGGCGCUCUUACAUAUUCAAAAAGCUGAUCCAGGAAAGACCACAUGUUGGUCGCGACAUACCUGAAAACAUCUUUUUGGGCUUCAAUAAGGAUAUCCGACCAAGGCUUCCUGACAUUCAUCGCGUACAACUGCCAGUAGAUACCAUACCAGAUCGACCCAUACUCGUAUGCGAAUACCUGGAUGAAGACCUCCUAAGGCUGGUUCGGGGUCAAGUAUCUGUGCGAGCUCGAAAAGAAAUCCUAAAAGCCAUCUUGCAAGGUAUUGCGGAUUUGCAUGACCGCGACAUUGUCCAUUUAGAUGUCGAGCCCGAUGACAUCUUGGUCAGCUACCAUAGGAUUGACCAGGAUAUCUUGGUCGAAAAGGUGCAGGUCUCUGAUCUUGAGAAUGCAGGUUAUCUCCCGCAGCCUAUGUGCGUUAGAGGAAUGUGGGCCAUGAACGAAAACUGGCGCAGCCCUGAAGCCAACUUUAAGGGAACUCUCAACAAGCCAACUGACCUGUUUUUAUUCGGGUUGGUGUGCAUCUACGCUGUCCUGGGGUGGGUUAUACUAGGCUGCGAUGACGAUUUCGAGUUACACAAAUCAAAAGGUGCAUCACCUCUCUCCAUCCGCCUGCAGCGUCAGGUCUCAUAUUUUGGGAACCAAGAAGGAUUGGAUGGUCUCGUGAAGCAUAUUGGCGAUGAGGAGAUCAAGCGCUGGACGGGUGUUGAUUCAACGUUCAAGGACUUAGUCCGAGGACUGAAUAAUCUGGACCCCUCACGGCGACUUACCGCUCGUCAGGCGUUGGAACACCCCUGGUUUGAAGGCAUUAAACUUGCUUUCUAG